AUGAAGAACAAUUUCGAUGUGGCAACAAUUCAGCCUAAAGCUCCCUUCACGUCAUCCUCUCUCAUUUUGCCCGUUGCUGAUGGUGAGGAAGUCUUCAAUGAGUUGGCUGGAGAGCCUAGUGAGCAGUUUCACUGUGACCACCGUGCCAGCCACAUAUAUUGGAGGCUCUUGCGUCGUCGAGCUCUCGCGAAUCUUGCACUUCCAUCUGAAUUUCCGCUGACAAUAAAUCUGGAGGUGCGAAGGAGGCUCUCCAGGAAACCUCAUGGUCUCACGAAUUCAUCAGUGGUGGUGGUCAUAAUAGUCUACUGCGUGUUGUUCAUAAUUGGAGCUCCUGGAAAUCUCUCAGUAGUGGUCUCGCUAUUCAAGUCCAAACAUCAUAGGCGAUCCCGAAUAAGUCUCAUGAUUUGCCAUUUAGCCGUAGCUGACCUUAUGGUGGCCUUCUUCACAAUUCCCUUUGAGAUUGGAUGGAGAAUCGCUGUUGAGUGGUAUGCCGGGAAUAUAGCGUGCAAAGUUUUCACAUUCAUCCGAUCAUUCAGCCUUUACCUGAGUUCAAACGUGCUUGUGUGCGUUGCAUUGGAUCGCUGUUUCGCCGUGGUUUAUCCGCUGCGCCUGCAGGACGCCCAGCGUCGCGGAAAAGUCAUGCUGAUCUGCGCCUGGCUUGUGGCCAUGCUCAGCUCCAUGCCGCAGAUCGUCAUAUAUCACGUGGCUCACCGGCCUGGGGUUCCAGAGUUCCAGCAGUGUGUCACCUUCGGAUUCUUCCAGAGUGACAAUGCAGAGUCAGUUUACAACUUCAUUUGCGUGGUGCUGAUGUACUUCAUGCCCCUGCUCGUCAUCUGCGUAGCCUACACCAUGAUCGUCUGCGAGAUCACCAAAAGGACGCUCAGAUCGCGGGAAAGAGAUGAUGGUAAAGACAGGACAGCCUCCGGCGCUUUGAGGCUCAGAUGCAAUGCUCUCACACAAAUAGAGCGGGCUCGCCAGAAAACAUUCAAGCUCACCGUCAUAAUAGUGGUUGUUUUUAUUUGGUGCUGGACUCCAUAUGUAGUAAUGGCUCUCUGGUACGUGUUUGAUCGAAAAAGUGCAGAAAAGGUGGAUAGUCUCGUGCAGGAAGGCCUCUUCCUUAUGGCAGUCUCAAAUUCAUGUAUGAAUCCAUUGAUUUAUGGGUCAUUCGCCAUGAAAUGUCGCUUCCCAUGGAGUCGGAAACCAGCAGUAACGCACGUCCUCAGUGAACAGCCGGGCCUUCACAGGAGAUCAACAGGUAGGGGUCUGGCGCGAAUAAUAAACGAGGAAAUGUGCUAGUAUUCUGUCCAUUCUAAUGUACAAUACAAAUUUGCAAAUCAUAACCACGAAACUUCCCUCUAAUGCUGUAAAAAAUUCAACAGGUACUUACAUGCAAAUGAUGUUGACUGUUGCUAAAACACAGCUUAAUAAAUGAAUUUUCUGUAACCAAUGUUGAAUGUUCACCACACAAUUGGUGCGUUGAGAAUAGUGGCAAAAUACUUGGUUAUGCCAACAGAUUUUCCAACCAGGAUGCAAAUGCUACGAACUUUUCGUUUCCAACAUUAGGAAAGCUUUUCAUUAAGCUAUUACUUAUUCAACAAUGACACUGUUAAAGUUAAUGUUUGAAUACGUCAGAAAGUGAAUAUUGGUGAGUAUGUAUACUUUAAGUUUCAAAAUCGAUGAGGAGAGCUAGAAACAUACAUAUGGAUAUGUGUAAAGAAUUGGAAGUUGUACCAUUUUGCAAGUAUUUCCAUGAAUGCAAACAGCGCAGCAGAAAACAUUUCGGAUGCAAAUCCUAAACUCACUGUAGUGUAAUCGGCCUCUAGUGAAUUGCUAUCAUGCCAUAUAAAAUAUUCUGCAACCCUCGGUAUCUCUCUCAUCUCAGACAUUCCGUUGAAUAUUAUAGGAUGGUUAAGGAAUUUCGAACAAUUAUAUCUGUGAUCUAAUAAAUUAAAUUUGAAUAAUCAUGAAACUCAUAAAAGUAUUAUGUUGAAAAUUAUUUCCAUAUGUAAUAAACCCAAAAAAAAAUGUAAUUAGUAUACGCAAAAUAUUAU